AUCAUACAUAGGCCCACAUAUUUCAUUAACCUUCCUCCGCAAUUGGAGCCGACACCAUUUAGGGUUCUAUCUGUCUUUAAGUUCUCAUUCAUGUCUGACAAUGGAGUCUCGGGAGAGUAAGUGGAGAAGAAUCGUGUUGACGAUUCACUGGAUCGAGAUAUCUUAGUGUCGUUUCGUCUCCGUUUCUUAUCCACUGUACCGUUAGGGGAUGAAUUGAUUUGGUCAUUAACACUCUUCUUAAAUCCUUCGAUCCACUGCAACCACGCAUUCUCCAUCAAUGCCUCUUCCCUCCCUUCAAGGCGGUGCAUUUACAACUAUAAAAAAGCCUGGUAGGGAGAAGAGCUCGAUGAAAUUCAGCAGCAAAUCUAUUAGAUACUACUUUCUCCCCCUCAUCUUCCUCCUCUUCUUCACUCUUAUUGAAAUAAUUGGAUGUCUUUUGCUAUACUUGGGUCAGAUCAGGUACAAUAAAAGCACGACAGAGACAUUAGCAUAUGUCAUGAGGCAAGCGGAUAGCAUAGUUUCUCAGCGUAGAGCUAUUUCAGAACAUCUUGCUUCAGCAAAGCAGAUGGGGGUUCUUCAGGUGUCUUUACCUGCAAAUGUCCAAACUGAAAUCGAGCAGAUUGGAGUUAAAUUGAGUUCUUCUAUAGCCACUAAUAGUUCCAGUGAUAUAAGAAACUUUCUUAAUUCCGUGUCAUUACACGAGUAAAAACCCUGGAAUGUUCUUUGUGUGCUUUCUUAAGUAAGAACUAUCUGACUCUUUUCCUCUUCUUCAGCCGUGUGAUUCUUGGAUGGAUUUUGGUGACUGGCAAGUCAGCUAGAGGCAAGCAAUCGGCAACACGAGUGAUUAUCAAUGUCACCUUCAUCAUCCUGGCUUAACGCAAUCAAGUGCAUAAACAUUGGGUUGUUUUGAAUUCAAGUGCUUUGGAUAGAGUAAAUAUGUUCACUUUCCAGAGAAUGGGAGGCAACUGAAAUACGGAUUCGUACUCCGCUGUUUGAGAACAUAUGGAUUAUGAAGUAGUUUGUUAUACUUUUGCUUUGUUCACAAAUAGUUUGUUCUAUUAUAAUUAAAGUUUAAUUAUUUUCGUCAA